AUAAAAUGCUGUAAAAUAGUUUCCCUCUGUGUCAAAACGAAUUUAAUGAUUGAUUUUCCAACAAGGCUCAUCUACUAAAACUAGUAAUGCCGGAGCAAAGCAAUGAUUAUCGUGUUGUAGUUUUUGGUGCGGGUGGUGUAGGGAAAAGUUCUCUGGUUCUACGUUUCGUCAAAGGUACAUUCAGAGAAUCAUACAUACCGACUAUCGAAGAUACUUACAGACAGGUUAUAAGCAGCAAUAAAACGAUAUGUACGUUACAAAUAACUGACACCACUGGUUCCCAUCAAUUUCCAGCCAUGCAAAGGUUAUCAAUCAGCAAGGGUCACGCGUUCAUACUCGUGUAUUCUGUGAGCAGUCGACAAUCGCUGGAAGAGUUAAAGCCCAUAUGGCAAACGAUAAGAGAAAUAAAGGGCGCCGAUCUUCCAAACAUUCCUGUGAUGCUAGCGGGAAACAAAUGCGACGAGAGCCCUGAGAUUCGAGAAGUUUCCGCGGCAGAAGGCCAGGCGCAAGCGCAAGAGUGGGGCGUAUCUUUUAUGGAGACCUCAGCGAAAACCAAUCACAAUGUCACACAAUUAUUUCAGGAAUUACUUAACAUGGAAAAGAACAGAAAUGUCUCUCUCCAAGUUGAUGGUAAAGGAAAAAAGAAAAAGGAUAAAAAUGUCAAAGAAGGCGGUGAGGGGUCGGCUAGUGGAAGGGAAAAAUGUCUAUUGAUGUAGAUAACCUGAAUCAUUUAUUUCUAAUGUAAUAUCCCACCUUAUCUAUUAAAUAACUAGCAGCAUUAUGUUAUAUAAAUAUGUUUAAAAGAGACGAAAAACAUAUUAAACGAGUCAUAAAAUGCUUGAAAAUUAAAUUCGAAAACAAGUUAAAUUUUUAUAAUAUAUUGUAUCUCAUGAUGUUGCCCGUUAGUAUUAACUAAGUCACCGUUCUAGUCAUAAAAAAUCAUUAGUUAAGCACAGGACAAGUUGCAUUUAAAUAAGUAUUAUCAUGCCUAUUAUAAUGUUAGUUUGUACGAUGCGAUUACAUCGUAGAAUAUAUAUUUUGCUAUAACUAAAAAUUACUUUAUUUACACUAGUUACAUAUUUAUCUAUAUAUGAGUAUAGUACGACUAACUUAUCUGUGAACUAGGUGCGAUGCUUAACGUAGGGUUGCCAUAUUUUGGAAUACGAAUCACAAAUGUUAAUUAAAAAUCUAAAACUUCUUUGGUCAAUAAUAAUAAAGAAAUGUACUCUAAUGCUGGUUUGGAUUUUUAGAACUAAUAAAUUCUCAAAUAAUUAAUAUUAUUUGAGGAACUUUAAAUUGCUAUGACAGUGAAACCUUUUGCAGAAAUAUGUAUGGUAGAAUGGUGAAGAAGAGUUAUUUUAUUAAAACUUGAAUAUAUUUAAAAUAACUGCCGCUUCACAGAUAAGUUAUUAGACCUAUAAUGACUGAGACGCUAAGGUCGUGAAGUUAUUCCGAGCGUUAGUGUGAAAAUACAACGAAGUGAAGUCUCUAGGACAAGUGUUGUUAAAUUAUAUGUACGCCGACAAAUAAUUAAUUAAAUGUCAUGUUUACGUUAAGUAUUCAGUACCUGAUAAUCGGAAUACUGAUGGAGCCCGUAAAGUAUGUUUCUCGAAGUGCUACACGUUAAAUUACACCCGUGAACUAUUAGCUAAAGUUAAUGGCUAUUGGUUAUGUUUCAUAAACAUUUAUUUUAUUUAUUUCAGUGUCGUUAUUGCUUUUUGUAUAAGUAAUAAGAUAAAGCAUGCUUUAAAACUAGCAUUAUCAUCGUGAGGCUACACGAAAUAUGUACUUGAAAUAAGUACGUAUUGUAUUAAUCAUAACAUUAAGCAAAUCAUAUGUGACUCUGAAAUAGUCAACUACACUUAUUAGAUUAUUUAAGUCAUUGUGAGAGACAUUAUAAUAUUAUGUGCCAAAUAUCUAAAAAGUUAACAUAAAAAAAAAUCUUGAAAUUACGUACACGUGCUACUUUCAAAAUAAUUAAAUCUUAAAUUAUUUGUUUCAAAAGCGUGUGAAUGAAAUUGUGAAUAAAAAGUGAAUGACAAAUAACGAUAGAUUAAACCAACUCGGCUAGAACUCAUAUAGCGACACCAUAUCCAGUUUGUAUAUCUCACAAUGACUAAACAACAUACUAUAUUCCCUAUAAUAUUUUGACUAUAAAUUAACUUUUUAAAUUUAAUAUAUUAAUCGUAGCUAUCGCUAGUCAUUAGUGCACAUUAUUUAAUAUCGUUCACUAACAUAUCUAAUUAGAAUUGUCCAUAGAUACAAAUUUAUCUAGUCAGUCGAUUAUUAUUAUUGUAUAUGCUGGUUAUAGUGAGGAAUAAGUAAUUAGGAAUGAUAAAAAAAAACUUAUUGUGCAGUUGCCAGUUUUAUUCAAUAUGCUUGCAUGACCCAAACGCUUAUUACAUUAAAAUAUAAUUUAAUCAUUAUCCCUGAAUUGUUGUGUAUUUUUAUAAUUAUUUAUAUUUUUAUAUUUAUAAACAGUUUGUGUAAUUUUAAGUGUUGUCAAGACAUUAAAAGAAGACACCCACGUUGGAAUUAUUGUUACAUGGGCACAUAUAAUAAUUAAGAAUAUUAUGUACACAUUGAUGGAUAAAAUCAUUGUUACAUUAAAUUGUUGUAACUGGACCAAUGUUGUUUAAAGUUGUUUGAUGUUUUCUAUUAUCGUAGAGAUAUCUUUAUUUCAUGUGUGUCACUGUAUAUUAUGUUAGAUUACACUUGUCUUCUAUCUCCCGACAGUCUAUGCAAGCUUUUGAAAUUAUUUGUAAAUUUUUAUUCGUUAAAAUGUUGGAAUUUACAUUUGGUGCAUUUCGUAAUACAUUUUACAAUUAACGAACCCUGGUGAUGUUAUAUUAUGUUAAACUUUAUAUACUUGAGAAAGUUUUUAGUAUAAAUUUGUAUAAAUAUCUCAAUUUCAUAGCUUCUAGCUCGAAAUACAGAUCCUUAGUGGCGUAAAACAUUCCUUUUAAAUAAUAAGUUAAUUCUUCAUUAUACGUCGUCAUAAUGUCUUUUCCGACUUCAAUCUUCUCUCAAUAAUCUAUAAUCUAUGUAGUGUAUUCUGAAAAUAUAUAAUAAUAAAAUUUCCAUAUUCUCUAAAUUAGUCUACAGGUAGUGUAGUGAACAAGUGAGCUUAUAAUUCAAUUUCUUAUUUUCAUGGAUGCAUAAUUUUCUCUGCCUUGCAUUGUUUAUUUAUAAAGUUUAUAUCAAAAAUUAAUUUAGGUUACUGUUGUUUCAUUAAUAAUAUAGGCAUAACUACAUUCUAUUCAUAAUGCAACGAAAUAAAUAUUUAUUGUAUUCUGUAAGAUUGUUAAAUGAUCCAUGAAAGUAAGAAUUUUUAUCAGAUCUUUUAAAAUUAAAGUUUAUCAAAUUAAAUAAAAUCCUCAUGAAGGUGCAAAAUAAAGUAUAUGGCAAUAAUAUUGAAAUAGUUUGAAUCAUAGAAGUCGUUUUUGUCUAAAAAUGUGUAAGGAAUAAUUUAGCAUUAAAGUCAGUGUGUAGGGACUGCAGUGGUCAUUUAUUAUAAUUUAUAGCUUUAAAGAUUUAUUGGAAAAUAAAAUAGAGGUAUAGCAUAGCUUCCAUGUUGAAUAAUAGUUCGCGAUUUCUUAAACUAUAUAUUUAUAUUAAAAGGACAUCGGAUAAUGCUGUCAGAUAUAGUCGAAGGAUCGUCCAUUAAUUGCAUCAUAAUUUGUUUUAUUUCUGAGAUCUCAUCAUGGCUUUAUUAUUAACUGGCGGACUUAACGUAUAUUUUCCUGAAAAUUGACCUUCUGAAAUAAAAAAAUUAUUAUAAUCGCACGAUAUCUGCGUCGAAACUUCCACCCAUGACAUUUCAUGAAAUUUCAAAUUUUCUUGCACUUUUCAAAAUCUCGUGGCAUUAAUAGACGAUCUCAAAUCCACAUUAAGGUCCGCUUUUAAUGGCUUUCGUUUCGCAACUCGCAUUUGUUUUCACAUAAUAUGAAAAACUGCCAUGUUAUGAAAUCCAAAUGGUAAAAUUUUUCAAUUUAAAUCUAGAAGUAAUAUUCACCUUUAUUGUUUGUAUCUUGUAUGCUUCUAGGUCAUCUAGCCUUUAAGAGGAAUAAUAAUUAUGUAACUACUUACAAUAAAUAAAAUUUUUGAUUAGAACCUAUUUACAAUAGUUGAGAUAUCUUCAGCUCGGUUCAAAUGAAUAAAUUGUAUUAACUUUGAUGAAGGCAUUCGAAGCAAUUAAAAUAGAAAAAAUGUUUAUUUCCUUUACAAAUAUUUGUACAUACACAUUUAUAACUUGGUGGUAGAGCUUAUAUAUUUUUUAUUGGUGAUUUCAAGUUCAUUUUUCUGUAAAUUUCAUAGCAAUGCGAAUUUGAAUUACUUUGUUUCCGUUCAUGCAAUGUGAUACUCAUUCAGUGUAUAUGUCAACAGAAAAUUGUAAUUGUUUUUUUUUUCUCGGUAAAAUACAGAAGUGCGAUUGCCAGAAAAUGUUAUAAAUCACAAUUUGAUCAUAACCUUACGGUUUUUAAAAGCUUAGGGUGACAGUUACAUUUUUUAUAUAAACAUAUUAAUAUCUAUUUUAGUCCAUUGGUACAAAUGAAAUAAAAAACAAACAAUUCAGGUGUGAAUUGGGGAUUGAAACAAUUCGAUAACAAUAAUUAAUUUAUUCACAUUUGUAUAUUUAGCUUGAUCCAUAAAUUGCAAAGCGUAGAAGAUACUGCGGUAGAUCCUAGACAUAGAGUAGGUGGAAGUAGGCACCUCAGGGAAGGAGUGUCUGUAAGCUUGGCAACGUGCGAGAGUAAGGGAAUCUAAGCAUUUGAAGUGAUGUAAAUAUUUUGUUAAAAUGUUAUUUAUUAUGAGGUUGCGAAUGUUUGUUGACCAAUAGCAUAGAAUUUAAGAUUAGAAUUUGCUUCGUCCCUAGAUACAGUUGUAUCUUUUAUAAAAAAUUCUGCUUAUUGUAUCCGAAACGAAUAUUUCAAUUGAAUUAUUAUAUUUUUUAAUUUAUCUUGUAACACUUUCUCAAUAAGGCAUCACGAAAUAAAAUAUGAAAUAUU